GUCCUACCCACGCCACCAUUCGCGUCCAUAGCUGUCAAUCACUGGGUCCCGGCCGAUAAUUUCCAAAGAUCUCUGAUGGGGAGGAGGACUGUUUUGUUUACUAACAGUCCUCCUCCCUGUCUGCUCAGGCACACUGCUCUGGAUGGCUAGCAGUGUGAUUACUGUGAAGCACCAACACACCGCCCCCUAGCAAAACACUCCCUGCACUCAGUUAACCCUUUGAUUGCCCCUAAUGUUAACCUCUUCCUGCCCAGUGCCAUUAGUACAGUGUCAGUGCUUUUUUUUAACACUGAUCACUGUAUUGGUGUCACUGGGGAUGCCAGUGACACCAAGGCAGUUCCCCCCAGUGUCAGAAUGUCCGCGGCAGUCCUGCUAUAAGUUGCUG